AUGGACGGAGUCCAAGGAGAGGAAGAAAGCCUUCUCAAUGAGCCAGCGCUGUCACCGGAGGCAGCCACCGUCAUCGCUUUGGUGCUCGGCAACGACGACCUGCUGCGGGAGGUGCUCCUCCACCUCUCCCUCCCCACCUCACUCGUUCACGCAGCCUGUGUCUGCAAGCGCUGGCUGCGCGUUGCCUCCGGCCAUGGCUUCCUCCGUGACUUCCGCAGCCUCCACCCACCCCGUCUCCUAGGAUACUUCCCCAACAACACUCAACCUUAUCCCAAGCUGUUGCCAUGCAACGGGCUGCCCACCGAGCUCGAAGCCGCAUCCCGCCACGCCAACACCUACUUAUCCAGGAUUAGUAAGCAUCCCUUGUUCGGGAACUAUGUGAUCCUGGACAUACGCAAUGGCCGCAUGCUCGUCUCCAUGAUAGAUGCGUGUGAUCAGACUCGACUCGCCAUCAUGGUGUGUACACCGCUGCAGUCGGCGCCACCGGUGCACCUCCCAUUCAGUCAGCUGCUUUCCACUUACCGCGGGAUCAACAAAGGUGAAUUCGAUAUGUUCGAGUUCCUCCCGGAGGACGGAGGUGAUGGGCUGUCCUAUUACGAGGUGAGAGUGAUGAAGCGUCACCAAGGCAACCCUAGGGUCAUCUUGGCAACGGUAGUUGCUUGUGAAGCUGGGGUUAUAGGCGAAUGCCGUGCCACGGAGCCUAUGAAGCUCCCAAAAGGUUUGUGCUGGUCAUGCUGCUCAAAACGAGGGUUGCUUUGUGGUACAAAGUUCUACCUGCUCUCUAACGAUGGGUACAUUCUUGGGUUGGAUUUGGUUACCAUGACCUUGUUCUACAUCAACUUACCAGAAGAGGUGGAGAUGGUCAAGACGGAGUAUGAUUACUACAAAAACGUUGACCUCUCUAGGGGAGAGGGCUCUAACUUUUAUCUUAUCUACCUCAAGGGGUUCCAUAUCCGCGUUUGGAUCCAUGAUGCGGAGCGCGGCAGCGAAACGAGCAAUUGGGUGCUGGUCGACACAAUCUCUCUGCUCAAGUAUUUGGUCCUUCUGCGAAGUUGCGAGGGUUGCAGGAUCCAUCUUUUGGAAAGGAGUGGGGAUAAUGCUGAGUUUGUGUACUUGAGAGUAUCAGAUACACUGGAUGAUUACUCAGAUGCAGACUAUCUGCUUCUUCUUAAGAGCAGGGCUGUGGAGGAUGUGUCUGAGAACCAUUGGCGAUCAACAUCUCUGCUUAAUCCCUUCAUGAUGGUUUGGCCUCCCACCUUCCCAGCGUUGAAUGAGGAAGAUGACCAUGGUCAUGUUGGGCUGUAA